CAGAACAGUAUGGAAGGAGUUCCACUGAAGAUGCCAGAAUAUUCCUCUCAAGAAGAACUUGUUGAAGAUGUGCAAGUUCCUGUCCCAGAUUACCUUACAAUUCUACGAGAAACAGAGUAUGACUUCAGCCUGGAGAAAUGGGUGCUCACGGGCCUCCAGAAUGGCUUCAUGAAGCUCCAUUGCCCCUCCGUUCCCUCCUCCUCUUCCUCAUCCUCUCUGCAGCCCACCUGUCCUCCGUACUGGAUGAUGUUCCGCAGCCCCCAGCAGAGUCGCCUCGCCAGCCGCCACAGCUCCGACUUCUGGGAACCCAACCCUCGCCAGCGCUCCUACUCCCUCAACCCCUCUGUCCUACGCACCAAGUUCACCAUCUCUGACUCGGAAGACGAAUCCGAGAAUGUGGAAAUUGUCAAUGUACCGUUGCCGGAAAAAAAAGACUUGAAUGUUGAUAGGCCUGUGGGGUCGAGUGAGCGUAGCCAGAAGAAAGCACAGAAAGCCUUCGUCCCAGACCUCCUCCAUCCACCCACCUGCUUGAGCAGCCUACCACACCAGCGCCGUAAGAACCUCCGCCAAUGCUCACUCUCUGUGCUGGAGAUGACCAAGCAGAACGCGGUCAAUGAGCAGUCCACACCCAAGGGCCUCAACAGGAGUGACACAGUAGACAAGCUCUGCAGCCAGAAGAUAGGAAAGGAGUCAAUCAGUCCACAUUCCUGCACAGAUCCCAGCGUGGCCCCUCGCCCCCUGGGUCUCCCCUCCACCUCCUGUGAUUCGUCCGUGGAGCUCCUUUCUGCCCUGAGCCCGGAGGAGAGAGAGCUGCUGGGGGCAAUCACGGCUCGGGGUUACCCUCUGAGAACCGCCAUCAUCGCCCUGCAGAAGACUGGACGUCAAGCCCCCGAGAAGAUCUUGAACUACUUAGUGGCUUGUGACCACCUCUGCCAGCUGGGGUAUGAUAUAAUGCAGGUGGAAGAGGCGCUGGAGAUGUUUCAGAAUUGUGAGACUAAGGCUGAGGAGUUCCUUCAUCUCCUGAGUCAGUUCAAUGAGAUGGGCUUCCAGCAAAACGCCAUCAAAGAAGUGCUGCUUGUGCACGAAAACCACCGUGAAAGAGCCCUGGAGGAGCUCAUGAUGCGUGUGGCGUGA